UGAAUUAAACUACUUCACCUUUAAGAUAACAUUGUUCUACUGUGAUUGGGUGCAUAUCGAAGAUACUUCAAAUGGAUGUUAUGUAGAUCCUGAAACAAAUCUGAUAUUUGUUAACCUAGGAAGGUUUAGAAGGAAUAUCAAGGAAGAGGAUGAGCCAUUUAUACAUGCAUCUCAGGCGGCUCAAGUCUUCUAUUGCAAGGAUCCGACAAGAGAUGACUGGCAUGUUGUAUUAGAUGUUCCGAAGCGACUAACAAAAGAUGCAUAUGCAUUUGAGGAUCCGCUAGUGUUUGAGGCCAGGUUGACUGCAGGUUCCUCGAGCCCUUCCUUAAUAGAUGAUCUGUAUGACCCAACUAGUGAAGAUAUACAAGAAGGGUCAUAUGUAGAAAUUGUAUCAAGUAACCCACGUAUUCAGAAGCGAAAAAGAAACUGAUCAAGUUUCAUAUCAGGAAUUAUGUCGUAUGUAGGGCCUUCUAGUUCUGCCCCAGGAAGCACCACAAAGAUAAAAGUUUCAAUUAGUCCAGUUGGAGAGAUUACUGGAGAUAACAAAAAUCAAUUCACCUCAUUUCUAGGAAAUGUGGUCAGGACUCAUUGUCCAAUUGCAUACAAAGACUGGCGGCUUGUGCCAGAUACCAUCAAGGAUAAUGUUUGGUCAACUGUUUUGGCCAAAUAUGAUGUUGACGAUAGUGACAGCUGUAAAACUGCCAUAAUUAAGCGUGCUAAUGAUAUGUGGAAGGACUGGAAGAACCGAUUACGAGGAACUGUCCUGGAUAUGUAUGAUAAUGAUGGAGACAGGAAAAAAAAUUGCCCUAAUGGCGUAAAGCUAGAAGAUUGGGUCAAAUUCGUUGAUUACGAAUCUACAAAAGAGGCAAAGUCUCGUCGUGGAAAGGGAAAGGAAUCCAGAAGCGAAAUGAAGUUCCCUCACACGACUGGGCGACGGGGAUCUGCUAGGACGGCAGAGUUGAUUGCAUUUUUUCGAUCUGGCGAUACCUCAAGUCAUCGUGAUGAGUCAGCUCCACCUCCACCUCCACUUCUACGGGUGGAACAAAUCUGUCAUUUGACAGAUAUUUGUAGUCGAGUUGUUGCACGUGGGCGUCUGAUUAGAGAUAAUGCAGGCAUCCCUCCAGAUUGCAUCAAAGUUAUAUUGGAUGUUGUUGAAGUUCCCAGUGCGAAUGUGUUUGGUGACAUUGAGAAGACGUUAGCCGAUUGCGACGUGGGUGAUGUUCUCGUUUGGCCUAGAGUGCUGACGAAAACAUAAAUGUUAAAGGAGUUUACUUAAAAAUUUUCCUAAGUUAAGAACAUAUUUUUGUAAUUUGGUCAAGACAUAUGGAUUGUGUUUGAGGUUAUUUUGGAUAUUAUUUGACUAAAUCUUUAUCUUGAAUUAUUUAGUAGUUUUGCUUGACUAAUCUAGUGAUUUGUUUCAGCUUUUCAUCUUCUUAUGCGUGACAGAAGGUACACAUAUUUCUAUUAUGAUUUAUUUUAAUUUUUUCUUUGCUUAUGCGUAAAAUGUUCUGAUUUAAAUAUUAAGAACUACGUAGUGGCUUGAUCCCAAUCUUCCAAACAUUGGGUACGUAGGCAGCCGUUCAUACUAGACCGUAUCGGUGCAGCCACAAAUUUUUUUUUUUUCUC